UGCAGGGGUGUGGUCUGGAGCACAAAGCAUGCUGGCAUACUGUCUCUGGUAUUUAAACACGACACCCACCUCAUCUCCUCACUGCACAAGUUACCCAGUGUUGGAACUGUUUCACUUAACCCAGGUCAAAAUGGCAUUAGUUUCUGAGUUUUUGGGUCAGCUUACCCUGUAUUUUGGUUCGGAGAGUGAGCCCAAAUACCCCACCGUGGUUCCCUUUCCUGACUUUGAUCCUGAAAGAGAUGCUGCCAGAAUUGAGACUGCUAUCAAAACAAAGGGUGUGGACGAGCAGACCAUCAUCGACAUCUUGACCAAGCGCAGCUACACUCAGAGGCGCGAGAUUGCCUUCAACUAUGAGAGAAGAGCCAAGAAGGAUAUGAUUACAGCUCUGAAGGGGGCGUUGUCUGGAUCCCUGGAGACUGUGGUCCUGGGUCUGAUGAAGAGUACCGCCCAGUAUGAUGCAUCAGAACUCAAGGCCUCUAUGAAGGGUUUAGGGACUGAUGAAGAAAGUUUAAUUGAAAUGGUCUGCUCUCGCAGCAAUGAAGAGCUAGUGGAGAUUAAGCGAGUCUACAAAGAGUUGUUCAAGAAAGACCUGGAGAAAGAUGUGGCUGGAGACACCUCCGGAAACUUCUGUAAACUGCUGCUGGCCCUUGUACAGACAAAGAGGGAAGCACCCAGCAACCUUGUGGACUAUGAGAAGAUUGAUGCAGAUGCAAAAGCCCUGUAUGAAGCUGGUGUCAAGAGGAGAGGCACUGAUGUGGCCACCUGGAUCUCCAUUAUGUCAGAGCGGAGUGUUCCCCACCUGCAGAAAGUGUUUGACAGGUACAAGAGCUACAGCCCCUAUAACAUGCAGGAGAGCAUCCACAAGGAAGUGAAAGGGGACCUGGAAAAAUCCUUCCUUACUCUAGUUGAUUGCUUUGAAAACAAACAGCUGUACUUUGCGAACAGAUUAUGCAAUGCCAUGAAGAGUAAAGGUGCUAAGGAAAAGGUGGUGACCAGGAUCAUGGUUUCUCGCUGUGAGGUGGACCUCAUGAAGAUCCGUACCGAGUUUAAGAAGCAGUAUGGAAAGUCACUGUACCAGACCAUUGCAGAACACACUAAAGGAGACUACCAGAGGGCUCUGCUCAGUCUGUGUGGUGGAGAUGAUUAAUGCAAUGUGUGACAAUAACCAGUGACCCCAACCAUAUCAAUGGGAGAGUAGCUCUUUCGCUCUCCCAUCUCUAUGAAGACACCCUUCUCACUAUUGGACAACAUCACAUGGAAGGGGGAAGGGGCUGGAAGGCAGUUUACACAACACUACAGCAAAGGACAUGUCUCCUGUAUAUUCGCUCAGUGACAAGCAUCUCAGCCAGUAUUAGGGUUGUUACAUUUUGUUUUUGUUUGAAAAAAGUAAUCACUUGGUAAAAAUGACAUGCUCUCAGUAACAGAUAAGGUAUAACUCCCAGUUUUUAUGUCCUUUCUCUUGUAAUAAAUGCUUGAAUUCA